AUGGGCGAAGGGGCGGCGGGCUCGGAGCAGGUGAUGCUGGAGGUGGAGCAAGAGAAGCAAAUGAAAGAAGUGCUUGAACUCUCACUGUUCGAAAUGAAAAAUACAGCCGCGGAAUUGGAGAAAAGCCUUGCCGGCAUUGAUGACGACGAUAAUGAAUGGAAGACCAGGUAUGAAACACAAAUAGAACUGAACAGACAGUUAGAAAGGCAAAUUGGGCUUCUCCAAGGAAAAAUGCAGCACGUUUGCGGCAACCCAACAGACAGAUUGGCUUCCGUUCGCUCUUUUGAUCAAAUGCACCUGGAUUCUUUAAAUCAGUUUCUGAAACAACUGGAAGAAGAGAAGAAAAGUCUGCAGAACCAGCUGAAAGAUUAUACCCUCAGAUCGGAACAAGAAGCGAAGGCUUACCAUAAAAUUAAUGAUGAACGCCGUGCUUACUUAGCAGUGAUUUCACAGAUAUCAGGAUCAUUGAAAUCAACUGAGAAGCAGAAAAAGGAUGUAGACAUCAAGAGGGAAAACCAGAUUCUGAGAGGAAGGUGUAAUAUUCCAAAGAAUCAAAGAAUCUUGGACCCAAAGAAAGGACCAAUUAAGAAGACUGCAGGAGUGAAGCAGCUUCCCAAACUGAAACUCUGACUACUGUUU